CAAUUUUAAUCUGUGACAAAUGCUAAACCACAGCAAUAAGGAAUUACCUCUAAUUGACUUUUAAUUGAAUGUUACAUAAUUGAAUUGAACGAUUGCCAAGAGUCUUUGAACGCAACACGGACGCUUUCAUGUCAGUGUGAAACUAGCAGCUGUCACAUUUCUGUGCGUCUGUACUUCAGAAACGACACGUUCCUUUACUUGUAAGAGCAUGGCUCGCGGGCAUCAAAAGAUUCAGUCGCAGCAGAAGAAUGCCAAGAAGCAGGCCGAGAUGAAGAAGGCCAAGGGCCACGAUCAGAAGACGGCGGCCAAGGCAGCACUGGUGUUCACCUGCGCCGUAUGCAAGUCUCAGAUGCCAGAUCCGAAAACCUUCAAGCAGCACUUCGAGAGCAAGCACCCCAAAUCCCCUCUGCCCCCUGAGCUGGAGGGAGUCGAGGCGUAAGCAGCCAAACUGGACCCCAGAACCCCUCAAAGGGCCAGAACAAACUCGGCACAUGGAGAAGUUACCGUUAUCUUUGAAUGCCUCUUCCCGGUCCAGCUCUAACUUGCUCACGCUCAGAUACAUGCAGGGCUAUAAAUCCAAAUCUGGUGAUGACUUCAGGGCCCACAGUAUGAACUCAAACUCACUGUCUUGUUCUGAAUAUAACUCUUUAACUAGGCUUCGGUGGAUUGAUUAUCCUCCUGAAGCGUGGGUUCGUAUUUGGUGGGAGAACGCAGACGUUUAGGGCGGCGACAAACGGGGCCGCGUUCAUUUCAAUCGAGCUUUGAGCAGCGAAUCAAAAGGAGGCUGCGACCUUCUCUCAGUUGUGCAACACUGUAACAAAUCUGCAAUAUCUCAUUUAGCUAAUCAUACUUUGUUGUUGGGGUGUAAAAAUGUGAAACUCUGCCAGUUUGCUGCUCAAAUUGUAAGUAAAUAUAAUUACUGGAGCCUGCCUGCAAGAUCUGUAUGCUUGGGAAAUGAAUGUGUGCUCUGAUAAUGUAUUAUAACACUGUUUUAAUAAAUUUUACUUUGUGGUAUA